AAUCACUGGGACUGCUCAUCUGAUCUGGGUUGGCUGUCCAAGAAAGAUCGUAUCGAGGCGCAACGUGUUCAGGAUAAAGAUAAAAUGAUUUGUGCCGAUGAGAAAUAUAAGGAUAAGCCUUUAGUUCGUAUAUUAGACUAUAUACAGACAUUAGCAGCUCAGUGUCCACGCGGCAUAAAUUAUAAUUGCACAUGCAAAAUGGUGAAUGCUGUUUGGAAUCCCGAGUUAGAAGGCGAUUUAAUUCCUAUAACAGUCGUAAAUUGUUCUAAUCUGGAGUUGCUAGAAUUACCGGAAUCCCUGCCCGAACAUACUACAACUCUUGAUGCAUCUGUCAAUAGGAUAUCUAGUUUGAGACCGUUGGCUGUGAAUCCUGAUUAUAGAAACGUUGCUGAUGUUUACGUUGACGAUAAUGAUUUGUCUUCAAUAGCUACUCUUGAAGGGGCGGAAUGGUUGAGCACUUUCAGGGUUCUAAGUUUACGAGGCAACAGAUUGAAACAGGUUCCUACGUACGCAUUGGAUAACGCACUAUCGAAGAAUAAAAAUGUGGCACAGCUUUACUUAGGAAGAAAUCCAUGGCGAUGUGAUUGUGUGUAUAUGCCGCGCUUGCAGGAUCUUCUCCUGAAAUACCAAAGCAUCAUCAAGGACAUAGAUCAAAUAACGUGCAGAUAUGUCAAAGGUGAUCUAAAUUCUAAUGCAAAGAUAAAAUCUCUAUCAAAAAGUUGCGUAUGUCGUGCUGAGCCAGAGAAAUGGUUUCGUCCUUUAGAUCUGAUCAACAUAUUGUUAGGACUGUCAAUAAUAUUUGUUCUUUUAAAAUUAGCUUACGAUUAUUAUUAUUUUAAGAAAUGUGGUAGAUUGCCAUGGGUGAUAACAAAACUCCCCUGA